AUGGACUUAGAUCUCCUCAAGGUGCAUCCCAGCAAGCCGGGAUGGGCGAAUCGCGUAUGUCAUCUCCUUCGGACACAAGGAUGUGCCGUGGUCGAGGAUGUCCUUUCUGAAGAGUCGAUCGAAGAGGUCAGAUCCACUUACGAGGAGGUUGCUGUCGAAAUGAAGGCGAAGAUUCCGCAUGGCAACCGCGGAUUGUACCGCUACUCCUUUGGAAUGGCGCAGAAGACGCGUCAAAUGUUGCACCACCGAAGCGUCGUGGUUCAGCUGCUGAACAACAGCUUCGUGGCGGAAGUUAUUCAACGGUAUUAUGGCGAAGGCAAUGUUGUGGUCUGGGGAGGGGCUGGCGAGCUCGUUUGUGCGCAGAACCACCAGUUUCAAAAGCUGCACUCGGACAUCGCAUUCGACGCUGGCGAAAGCUACGUGUCCGAAACGACAGCGCCCCACAUUGUCGCCAACUUCCUUCUUGAAGACCAGGCGGCAGACUUUGGGGCGACGCGCUUGCUUCCUGGGACUUUCAUGCGGCGCUGCAACUAUGACUUGGACGAUUGGGAGACCCAGGAUCCUUGGUGGCAGCUGGCGCCGCUCCCCCGCGGGGCUGUGAUCCUCAGGGACUCCAGAUGUCUCCACAGCGGCGCGCCGAACUACACAGACCGUGACCGAAUUCUGCCGAAUGUCGAGUUUUUGCAUCGGGACUACGCCGUCGAAACGAAGUCCCUGGAGCCUUGCUUGCCGAGAGAAUUUGUGCCGCUUCUGUCACAGCGCGUGCAGGCAUGGGUGACUGAGGAGCUUAUCUUACCAGAUGAUGCUGAUUUGGGAGUCGCCGACGAGGAGGAAUGGGGCAGUGACUGA